UUCAAUAUAUGCAUUAUGCAGAAGCACAACUCUUGAACUGCAUUGACCAUAAUAUCUAAUUAUUCCCUGCAUCUAGCUAACGCCCUAACGUAUGUAUGUGCUGAAAGAACCGAAAAUCAGGAUCUGAGAAUGUGCUCUUCCUCAACGUCUCCGGUGCUAAUUUGGGUGGGUUAAUUUAGCUUCUUUAGAAAAAAAGAAUGAGAAGUGUAUUCAGUUCAAAGAGAACUUUAUUGAAUUAUUGGAAUAGGAGUUUACAAUUGAACUGGUCAUAGGAAGAUCUUGAGAGGAGUACACUUCAAAGUCUCAAGCUGACACCAUCCGACCAACACAAUUGGGUUCAACAAUCCAUAAACUAUUGUGCCUUUGAUGUACCUCAUGAUCAUUUUUACUGCAAUCAGAUGAAAUUUUCUUGGAUCACACAUGUAUCUGCUCACCAUACCUAUUGCAAUGUUGAUGUCUUACCUAAUAUUGCAUAAGUAUCAUAGUGAGUCAACCAUUGCUUGAACAAAGGGUUUUUUUUUAUAAGACUUAUUUUGAGUUUAUGCAAAACAACUUAUGCAAAUAAAUGAACUUUUUAUAUUAUUUAUAAGCUUGUCAAUGUAGUUUAUGAAAAAGUUGGUUAUGAAGAAGAUACAAACUUUCGUUAAUGAAAACUUAUAAAUUAACAUAAAAGCUUAUUUAUUUGCAUAAGCUCAAAAUAAACCUUAUCCAAACCGGCCCAAGUGUCAUCUAGUUUCUCUUCAUCACCGAUUUCAGCAAAUCUACCAUUUACUUCUAUUGUUGUGGCUGCUGAGUUGCAAUUCAGCACGUUGAACUUCUUCAAAACUUCUUUUGCAUACUUAGUUUGAUGUAGCAUUGUACCAAUUGAGGUUAUAAUUCAAUUUCCUUGCCGAGGAAGUAAGCCAACUUCCCUAAGUCUGCCAUCGCAAAUUCAGUCAUCAUCAAAGACUUCAAUUUGUCAAUAUCAACUGUGUUGCUACCAAUCACCAGUAGAUCACCAAAAUAUAUUACCAGCAUAUUGGACCCUUUUAGCUUUACAUACACACCAUAUUAACAUUUUGAGAAUUCACGUUGAGUGAGAAAUGUGUCCCCUUUUACUCCUUUUUCUUGUAUAAGAAAUCCAAGUAAUUUCCCUUGCAGUUCGAAUGAACUUAGCUUCAAGAACUACUUUCAUCUUUGCGAUAAAUUCAGUUGCAAAUCUUCUUGAUCCUUGCUUAUUUGGCUUCUUUCCGGGCUUCAAAGGAAAUCUAUGCUCCAACAACUUUCGAUCUAGUCCUGAUAUGUCCUUAUAACACCAAGCAAAACGGUCUUUGAACUCUUGAAGGAUUUGAAUGAUAUCUUUCUUGAGGUAUUCGCGUCUAAAAGGGAACUGGUGUAAAUAGAUGGUGAGUAUCCCGACUGAUUUGGCGAAGACAUAUCUGAAGGAGUUGAUAGAUGGAGGCAUAGCAAGAUCACGUUAUAUAUGUUGCUUCACAUGCAUUUCUAAGGAAUAUGAAGAAGAAAAGGUUAGCUUGAAAGUCGGAAGAGAAACGGUGGGACAACGUGUUAAACUGGCAACUGAUAGAGGAGAUAUUAUUCAAAAAAAUGUCCACUAUUGGGAAGAGCAAGCUGAUCAACUCGGUCAAGAGGAUACCAAAACAAAAAAGAAAUGGUUAUUUGGACUUUGUCCUAAUUAUAUCUGGCGAUAUAAAAGGGGAAAGGAACUUGCAAAUAAGAUGGAGAAUAUUAAAAAACUUGUUGAAACAGGACCCAAACUUGAAAUUGGACUCCAGUCACGUCUCCCAGAUGUUGAGCGUCAUUCUUCUGAAUACUACAUUUCUUUCAAAAGUAGAGAGUUGAAACGUAAAGAACUUUUGGAAUCACUGAAAGAUGAAAACAACUACAUAACCGGGUUGCAAGGUAUGGGAGGCAUCGGUAAAACUACAUUAGCCAAAGAAGUGGGUAAAGCACUUAAACAGUCCAAUCAAUUCGAUCUUGUCAUUGAUGCAACAGUGUCAUUUAAGCCUAAUAUAAGAAAGAUACAAGAUGAAAUUGCUGGAUCCCUAAGAUUGGAAUUGAGGGACAUCAGUGAAUCAGACCGACCUAGAAUGUUGUGGAAGAGAUUAACUAAUGGUGACAAAAUUCUUCUAAUAUUAGAUGAUGUGUGGGAAAAAAUUGAUUUUGAUGGCAUAGGGAUUCCACAUAGUGAUAAUCACAAAGGCUGCAGAGUUCUUUUAACUACAUGCAAUUUGCGGGUAUGCGAUAUUAAUGUUUGUCGAAGAACAAUUCAAUUGGAAAUCUUAUCUGAAGAAGAUGCAUGGAUCAUGUUCAAAAGAUAUGCUUCUAUAAGUGAUGAUAUGUCUAGAAGUUUUCUUCACAAGGCACGUGCUAUUUCAAAUGAAUGCAAAAGAUUACCACUAGCAAUAUCAGUUAUCGCCAGCAGUUUAAGGGGCGAACAUGAUGUAGCAGAGUGGGAUGAGGCCUUAAAGUCAUUGCAGAAACCUAUAUUAGUGCAUGGUGUUAAUGAUAAUUUGGUUAAAAUUUACAAAUGCUACAAGUUUGGCUACGAUAAUAUGAAGGAUGAAAAAGCCAAGAGAUUGUUCCUCUUAUGUUCUGUAUUUCGAGAAGAUGAGGAAAUUUCUAUUGAAACGCUAACCAGACUUGCCAUAGGAGUGAGCCUUUUGGGGGAAGAUUUUGAUAGCUACGAAGAUGCUCGAAGGCAAGUAGUUGUAGCGAAAAACAAGCUCCUACAUUCUUGUUUAUUGUUGGAAACCAAUGAAAGGAGUGUUGUGAAAAUGCACGACUUGGUGCGCGAUGUGGCCCAAAUGAUAGCGAACAAAGAGAUUCAAGCAGUAAAUCUAUCAAACAAAAAACAAAAGUCACUGAUUGAAAGAGAGAAAAAUAUUAAAUAUUUGCUAUGUGAAAGCAAGCUAAUGGAUGUAUUUUCGGGUACAAUUGAUGGUUCUAAACUUGAGAUUCUAAUCGUCGAUGUGGAUAAAGGUGACCAUGUGGACAUCCCUAUUUCAUUCUUUGAAAAUAUUGCAGGGAUUCGUGUUUUGCAUUUAUCGUACCAAGAUCAACCAACUAUACCAUUAAUGCAGUCAAUCGAGUCAUUGACGAAUAUUCGAUCUUUAUUGUUUGGAAGGGUUGAUUUAGGUGAUAUUUCUAUUUUGGGAAAACUCCGAAGUCUUGAAACUCUUGAUUUGGUUUGGUGUAAAAUUGCUGAAUUACCACAUGAAAUUACGAAUCUUAAGAAACUUAAAUUGUUGAACUUGGAAUUUUGUGAAGUUCGGAAGAACAAUCCAUUUGAAGUUAUCAAAAGUUGCUCAUCACUUGAAGAGUUGUAUUUUCUUCAUAGUUUUAACAAUUUUUGUCGAGAAAUAAGCUUACCUGCAUUGCAAAGGUAUCGUGUUUGUAGGGGAUCAGUUCCAAUGAAUGAUUCACUAUCAAAAUGUGUGGAUUUUGAAGGCGAUGGGAAUGGAGAUUUUUUCUCGGAAGCAACAUUUAAGUACCUGAUGCAAACUGCAGAGGUUCUUCAGCUAAGUGGAAUUGAGAAGCAAUGGAUAAAUCUUAUGCCUGGUAUCGUCCCUAUUGACAAAGGUAUGAAUGACCUAGUUGAGUUUCGUUUGAUAUAUGAUUUGAAACUGCAAUGCCUCAUUGACACUAAGCAUAUUGGUUCUCAACUACCAAAUGUUUUCUCUUUGUUGGUUGUGCUACAUCUUUGUGAAAUUCAAAAUUUAAAGGUACUAUGCAAUGGUCCCCUUUCCUCUGACUCUCUAAAGAGUUUAGAAGAACUAUCCAUUCAGAGUUGUAAAAGUUUGCAAAGCUUAUUCACCUGCAAGCUAAACCUUUGCAAUUUGAAGACCAUAACAUUGGAGGCAUGUCCAAUGUUGGUUUCCAUAUUCCAAUUAACGACUUCUCAAAAUCUCGUGCUACUAGAGGAAUUGAGAAUAAUUGAUUGUGAACAAUUGGAAAACAUUAUAACAUUUGACCAAGGAGUAAAGGACUCGGAAGACAUAAUUGAUGGGGACAAUGGUAUGAAUAUGAUUGACAACUCAAUGUUUCCAAAGCUGAAAGUUCUUGAUAUGGAAAGAUGUCCCCUAUUGGAAUUUAUAUUUCCAUUCUUCUCUGCUCAAGAUCUUUUAGUACAUGGAACCAUCAACAUAUCCUCUUGUGCUAACUUGAAAUACAUAUUUGGUCAAUACCAAGAUGUUCAACUUGGUUCCAUUAAAGAACCGCAGCUCCAUGAGAUGCCAAAUUUCAAAGGUAUUUUUCCAGAACAUCAUCGUACGAUGUCUCUGUCCAAAGAUGGUUGCAAGGCACAAAAAGAAUUGGAUCCUGUAAAAUGCAAAUGCUUCUCUUUGUCUCGUAUAUGUUGUUAUGGACGUAAACCGAGGAGUACAAGUACAGAAAUUCCACUGGCUUCUGAUGAUCAACUGCAAGACCACUCCAUCGCAACGGUUAUACAGAGUCUGAAAGAAACAAAGGACAACUGUAGAUCUGGAAACACUGUAACAACAAUUUUGUCCAAUAAUUUAGAAACAAGGAUCAAACAGAAGGGUAAGAUACAUGUUGAAGAGGGAACUACAUCAACAAUUGCAAACACAAUAACAUCGUCAACAACAGAGGUGUUGAAUCAACAAUUAACAGGUCAACAACAUCCACUUGGAGAAUCUCAUACUACAGUCAAAAUUUCUCAGGGAAAUAAUUGUUUGAAAGAAAAAGAGCACCAACACAUUCAAGAGUGUUCUACUUCUACGUCACAAAAAACAGUAGCAGCAACUUUGUCCACCAUUUCAGAUACAAGGAAUAAGCAGCCUAUACAGUUAAAUGAUCCUAAACAAAAGGUUGUAAAGAGAAAUAUUAAAGAAGGAGAUAAAUUAGCUAAUGCUAAGAAUAUAACAUCUUCAACUCCUUCAGAAACAGUUAGUUCAUCAUCAGGUGGAAUAGCUCCUUCCGAGCGUAAAACAUCUUCACAGGAACAUGGCGAUGGCCAAAUAGCCAUAUCUUCUCUUCCAAUUUCCAUAACAAAGCCUCCUACUACUCAAGAUGUUGAUGUUGAAAACUUGCAGGAAACUAGUAAGACUAAUGAUCAUCAAGCUUCUCCCAAUAAUGUUGAUGUCGUGAAAGUAAGCUCAAUAACUGAGGAACAGUUUCCUGAACUUAUAAGAGUUUCAGAAUCGAAGCCUUCUUCUAGCAAAAGUAUUCCUUUACCUCUUGCAUUUCAGACUCCUUCAAUGCUAUCCCAAGGGAACACUUCUCAAAUAGUAGAAGAUUUAAGUUCUUUGCUUCCCAAGAGGGAACUUGAGAAACUAGUUUCUGAGAAGCAUUUGGACUGUGAGAACUUGUCUUUGUUGACUGAUUUUCUUGAUAACAAUCCUUCUGUUCUUUUGAGGGACACUUCACUGAGUAAUAGAUACAAGAGUUAUUCCUACAACUGUCUUGCUGAGCUAUUGAAAUUCCUCCAAAACCAUAGUGUGUUGGAUGUGUUAGGUUCAAGCCGCUCUGAGUUUGAUGAGUUAUUACAAGAUGUACGCAGAUGUGGUUUUGAUAAAGAUUGGUUGGAUGGUGUUGAAAAACGUGCUUUGUUUUCUGAUAUACAAUUCUCUCAAGUUGCAUUACAAAAACUAUUGGAUUCCCAGCAACAUGUCAACAACAAAGUUGAAGCGACGCACUUGAAGAUAAAUAUUUUAACUGAAUUUGUGGAAGAUCUUAAGCAUCAAUUAACAUCUUCAGAAGCUGAUUUGGAGACUCUCAUUCUACAGAAGGCACAACUUUUAGAAAAUAAGGCUAUUUUAAGUUCCCCUCUUGGUUACUAGACUAUUUUUCCUUACAUUCUUUUACUACA